UACAAUUAAUGCCCUUUUCCUCUCCUAUUGUAAUCCUACUUAAAAUUACAUCGAAUGCACAAGUUUAAAUUAUAACGUAAUUUCAUAAAUGAUGAUAAAUUCAAAAACAAAACAUACCUGAAAUGUUGACCAAAAUACAGAACCAUGCUACUUACUCACUGUGCGAUCGAAAGUUGUGUACUAAAGUUAGUACAAACCCAUUUUAGUACACCGUUUGUUUUCGAUUCAAAUCGUGGCAUUAUAACGGCAAAGGAAGAAACAUCUAGGCGUCGUCGGUUUGCGUUGGUUGUUUUACAGUAGAUACACGGAAACAUGGAAAUUCAAGAAUUAAACACAUCUGAUUCAGAGGAACCACCGCAUACACUAGCCCACCAGAUGGUGCUGUUCGUCUACAACCGGCAAGCCAUCGCGAAAGAUACAUUGGAUAUUUCCUUCUGGAACAUGUUCCGCUUGGACGUUCCCGAAGUGGAGCUAGAAGCAAAAGCAUUGCGUUACUACUUCUUUCAAGUAGUAAUGCGCAAAGUGCACGAACUAGAAGGUCUGCAGUAUGCGGUAGUCCAGUACAUCAAUCCACUGUUUAACCAGAUCCGCGAGGAAGUGCUAGAGUCUCGGGAUGUUGUCGAAGGUACCGAUUAUGUGUACGAGCAAGACACGCCCGAUGUACCGUCCGUCAAUAAUGAAGAGCUGCCACCUUUACGUUUACAAGAACGUUCUGCGAGGAGUCUCGCUUCAUCAUCGCUCGGCACCAAACGCUACAUAGCACCGAGUGUCGAACGCAUUCGGAACUUCGUUGCCGCGGAACUUAGCGAAAUUCUCUGGACGAAAGAUGAGCAGGAGACAAAACCUACCCUGGAAAUGGACGAAUGUUUGUUGCGGGUGGCUUUACUAACGAAACAAAACAUCCCGUUGCUAAGCUGCGUCGAACCCGGCAUGGCAUGUUACGUUCGUUUGAAACAGACGGGUUUGAUAGAAGUUUUACCGCAGGAUGGUGAUGAGCAGCAGAAUAAUUCGCAAGAUUCUACGCCACGAUUGGAGCUGCCUGUCGCUUCUUCGACACCCAUUGCAACGAACUCGAGAAAUUACGAUUCCAUUCUUAAAUACGUACGUAGCAAACCGCGUAAAGGUGUUGUGAAGAAAAGCGAAAAGUAACUGUAACAACUCUUGCUCUACGUUGGAGCAUAAUUACAUAAGUUCUUUAGUUCCUAUUAGUCUUAAAGUGAAAUCCAACCUCCACAAGAAUGUAAUAAAUAAAACGAAUUAC